AUGGCGAGUAUACAAGCUAUACGGGCGAAUUGCCGCAAGAGCAUGAAAGAAGGAGAGUCGAUUGAGGGGGAUAAGAUGUGGGAUAUCAGGCUCGAGAUGUACCUAGGUGUCAUGUGCAUAGGCCGUAACUACGCCGAUCACAUCAAGGAAUUGUCGUCUGCCACACCCAAGCAGCCGUUCUUUUUCCUCAAGCCUCCCUCUUCCAUUCUUCUUCCAGGCGCUGGUCCUGUACUGCGCCCGCGUGGGGUGAAUAUGCACUACGAAGUCGAACUCGGUCUCAUCAUGGGCAAGCAAUUGAGAGAUUUACACCCAGAAGAUACAAAAGGUGCCAUGGAUGCUAUUGAAGGAUACAUUCUUGCCAUCGACAUGACAGCUCGGAACGUGCAAGACGAAGCAAAACGCAAAGGCCUCCCCUGGUCCAUAGCCAAAGGCUUCGACACUUUCAUGCCUAUUUCAAACUUCAUUGCCAAGCACCGGAUCCCGGAUCCUCAGAAAGCGCAUCUCUGGCUGUCCGUGAACAACGAAGUAAAGCAGUCUGAUAACACCGAGUUGAUGCUGUUCCAGAUCCCGAGGCAGUUGAGCGAUAUCAGCAGGGUCAUGACGCUGGAGAAGGGCGACAUUGUACUGACGGGAACGCCCAAGGGCGUGGGGCCGGUAAAGACGGGCGAUGUGAUGAGGGCCGGGUUGAAGGUUGAUGGUAAGGACAUCGAGGAGGCAGGGAUUGAAGUACCUGUGAAGGAUCGGGAAGGCCUGUAUGAGUUCAGUGAGACUUAG